AUGGCAACCACAGCUAACAUCUCGAAAAAGCGCAAAUUUAUUCGCGAAGGUGUUUUUCACGCUGAAUUGAACGAAUUUUUCACACGUGAAUUAGCCGAAGAUGGUUAUUCAGGUCUUGAAAUUCGUGUCACACCACAACGAACUGAAAUCAUUAUCAUGGCAACUAAGACUCAAGCUGUGCUGGGUGAAAAAGGUCGUCGUAUUCGAGAAUUAACAUCAGUUAUUCAAAAACGUUUUGGCUACGCUGAAAACUCAAUUGAGUUGUUUGCACAAAAAGUUGUUUCACGUGGUUUAUGUGCUAUAGCUCAAGCUGAAUCAUUACGUUACAAACUCAUGGGUGGUCUUCCAGUACGACGUGCAUGCUACGGUGUCUUGCGAUUCAUCAUGGAUUCAGGAGCUCAAGGUUGUGAAAUCGUUGUUUCUGGUAAAUUACGUGGACAACGUGCCAAAGCUAUGAAAUUUAUCGAUGGUUUAAUGAUUCACUCGGGUGAUCCUGUUAACGACUAUGUCCAAUUUGCUGUACGACAUGUUUUACUACGUCAAGGUGUACUUGGUAUUAAAGUUAAAAUCAUGUUACCUCAUGAUCCAAAAGAAGGCAAAGGUGUCAAAAAACCAUUACCAGAUCACAUUCAAAUUGUUCAACCAAAAGACGAAACAGCUAUUACACAACCAUACUCAGAGUCAAAAGAUAAAAAGAUUGAACAAUUUCCAGCACAAAUAGGUCAUCCUCAACAAAUGCAACAACAACAAAUUCCACCUCAACAACAAGGACAAUUACAGCCAGGAGCACCAGGCAAUCUUGUUUUCCAAUAA